UGUUUGAUCCUGACUUCUCUGAUCCUCCCCUUCUUCCAGUGCCCCCCUCUUAUCUCCUGAUAAGGCAUAUCAUGUGGAGACACUCUGCACAUGCUCAGUUUAGUUUUUUUUUUCUUGGGAGAGGACAUGUGAUCAGCACAGGGCCAAUCAGCACUGUCCAGACAGAGGUCAGGGGUUUUACAUCCUCCUACAGCAGAAUGAAAACUCCUUCUACAAGCUUUAACCAGUGCUCUGCUGAACACUGAUAGAAGUCACAAGACUGCUCAAACUGCUGAUGAGAAAAGGUAUUUAGCAGUUUAUUUUUACUAA